GUUUUUGGGGGUGCGCGAACUGCACAUUUCUGGUAUUUGGCUGCAGCCCUUCACGGCUACUUACUACUAAUGCGCCAAUUCUCACACUCCUCUCACAUCACUCGACUUUCUUAUCACCUUUCCCCUCUCUCUCUCUCUCUCUCUCUUUGUGGAUACUGUUGACUGAGGAUUGGGGGAAUGGACAGGUAGAUCUCCCAUCCGAGCAGCCAAGAGGAGCCCUAAAGCUGAAAUCUUUGGAAACUAGGAGUCGUGCUGGUACAGCAGCAUCUCAUUAGCCAGAAGGAACCCUAACGACCGCGAUCUUGGGGAAUUAGACAUCCUCUGGUGUACCUAUUGAUGGGUUAAAGUUGAAGAGCUUCUUCAGCUUUAUGAAGUACAUAUUCCAUGGUAUUUGUUGAAUAAGUAUAAAACUGACUGUUUGGAUUAAUGGCUUCAAAGACACUUUCCAAACCUCUCUCAGAACAGCAACACAAGGUACCUGGUAGCCAAGUAGUUGAAAAGGCUUCUUUGCAACCUUCACCUCUACAGUUACCUGAUCCAAGCAAACUGGAGUCUGAUACACCAACAAGGUUGCCAAAAUCUAUGCAGCAGAGCACACAAAAGCCUAAAACUGAACAAGUUUUGGAGGGCCAAAAUUUGGAUCACCAACAAAAGGAAGCUGCUAACCUUUCAACGAACGAAACCACUCAAAAGGUUGCCAGAUCUCUAGAGCAUAUUUCCUUGGAUACAUCUUCCAAUACUAUGAAGCAAUCCGUCCAACAAGGUGAUGUCAACGAGCUGCUUCAGUUGAACGGGACGGUGAGUUUGGAAACCAACAGAUAUGAAGAAAAGAAAAACUCUGGGCAGGGCAGUGAGAAAUAUAGCUCAGCUUCUGCUAAAGUUAGUGAUGGAACCAGCAGUCUGACAAAGACUAGUGGAAGUGCUAAAAUAAGUGACCGGAUUGAUAGCGGCAAGAGUAGUAUGUGCAGGGGCAGUACAAGCAGUGAUGUUAGCGACGAUAGCACUUGUAGCAGCAUAAGCAGCAGCAUCAACAAGCCUCACAAAUCAAAUGAUUCAAGAUGGGAAGCGAUCAAAACGAUAAGGGCUAGAGAUGGAAUUCUUGGUUUGAAUCAUUUCAGGCUACUGAAGAAGUUGGGUUGUGGAGACAUAGGUAGUGUCUAUUUGUCAGAGUUGAGCGGGACAAAAUGUUAUUUCGCAAUGAAGGUUAUGGAUAAACAAUCUCUAGCAAGUCGUAAGAAGCUGCAUAGAGCCCAGACAGAAAGGGAGAUAUUGCAAUGUCUUGAUCACCCAUUUCUUCCAACAUUGUAUACUCACUUUGAGACAGACAAGUUUUCAUGUUUGGUAAUGGAGUUCUGUCCAGGAGGGGAUCUGCACACACUUAGACAGAGGCAGCCUGGAAAAUAUUUCUCAGAACAAGCUGCCAAGAUUUACAUAGCGGAGGUCCUCCUUGCUCUAGAAUACCUGCACAUGCUGGGCAUUAUCUAUCGUGACCUGAAGCCAGAGAAUGUCCUUGUCCGAGAAGAUGGCCACAUCAUGCUCUCUGACUUUGACCUCUCCCUCCGUUGUGCUGUUAACCCCACCCUCGUCAAAUCCUCCAACCCCAACUCUGAGUCCUUCAGAAGAAACAACCCUGUUUACUGUGUUCAGCCUGCGUGUAUCGAACCAUCCUGUGUCCAACCUUCUUGUGUGGUCCCAACAACAUGCUUCUCCCCUCGGCUUUUUUCCUCAAAGUCCAAGAAACAACAGAAACAGAAGUGUGAUACUGGAAACCAGGUCAGCGCACUCCCUGAACUCGUUGCAGAGCCUACAGAUGCAAGGUCUAUGUCAUUCGUUGGUACCCAUGAGUACUUGGCCCCUGAGAUCAUCAAGGGAGAGGGGCAUGGUAGUGCAGUGGAUUGGUGGACGUUUGGCAUCUUCCUGUAUGAGCUUUUGUUCGGGAAGACACCCUUCAAGGGCUCAGGCAACCGUGCUACACUGUUCAAUGUGGUGGGUCAACCAUUGCGAUUUUCAGAGUUUCCAGUCGUAAGCUUCGCUGCCAGGGAUCUCAUUAGGGGAUUGCUUGUCAAAGAUCCGCAACACCGGCUUGCUUAUAAACGUGGGGCUACAGAGAUAAAGCAACACCCGUUCUUUGAGGGUAUCAACUGGGCCUUGAUAAGAUGUGCAAGUCCUCCCGAGAUCCCCAAGCCCUUCGAAAUCGCUCGGCCCCUAGGGACUGCAGCAUCAGCAAGCCAGAAGGCCAGCCUCACCUCUGAGAAAGGUUCUGAUAACUACCUGGAAUUUGAUUUCUUCUAGUGAGCUUUCAAAACUGGAAUUCUUAUCGUAUUUAGGGCAAGUGUAGAGCUUCUGAAUGCUGUUUAGAAUCUCAGUGAUCUUCUUCUAUACAUGUUGUGAUUCUGCUUGUAUUUCUAUUGUUGUUUUCUCAACUCGACUGUAUGGGUUCUACAUCUGUAAGCAAUGGAUGCUAGAGUUCCUACAUUUCUGUGAA